CGCCCCUGGCCCAGCGACCACGUGGCAGGCUUCCUACCCCAGCACGGGGGCUUCAGGGACCACUUCGUAGCCACCCCGGAACCCAAGUACUGCUGUGAGGCCUGCAGGCUGGUGCUCUGCAACCCCAGGCAGACAGAAUGCGGACACCGCUUCUGUGAAACCUGUAUCUCUGAGCAGCUAAGGUGAGGAGAAGAGAUUUGAUGUUCAUGCUGAGUGUGAGAAUGAAUGGGUAUGUUUAUUUUUUAGGAAAUUACAGUUGAGAAAUUACAGGAAUGUCUUGUCAGUGUGUUUGGUAUGUCAGCUGUCUUUCUGGUAAGAAUGGUUUGUCAUUCAAUGAUCAUGUGCUGAUGAUGAUUGAGGAAUAAUGAAGUCAUUGGCCACUAGUUGUUAAAAGGAGGAUUGAUUGGACAUAAAUGAUUAGUUCAAUCUACUUUACAGCAAACCGACUCCAGUAUGUCCAGCAGAUAUGGAACCUCUGUUCAAAGACAAGGUAAGACUAUGAAAAUGAUUUGCAUAACUGUCAUUAUCCCUCAUUUUUAACUCAGUCAGGGUCUCAACUAACUGUUUAGAGUUAGAAUAGUAGAAUACACAAGGUACGUUUCAAAAUGUGGUUGUGCACUCAAUUAGCCCAUAUCAGCUAACUUUUUUCCGAUUGGUAAGUUAGUUUAGCGAGCUAUCUAAACUUGUAGUAAUCAUGGUCGAAUUACCGACCGGGAGGCCCACUUUCAUUUAGUUAGUUACUCUCAUUCAGAUAUCAUAUUAAAAUCUGCAAACAUUUCUCUCCACCCAAUGGCAAAAAUUAGCUGGAAAAUUGAAAGUGUUUCUGUCCGGCCCAUGGCAAAAUCAGUAAAUUAGUAAUACAAUUGCAAGAUAACAUUUAAAACGUAAUCUGACUGCAUGUGUGAGUAUGGAUGUGGGUACGCAGACCCGCGAGCCACUGUGUUUUUGGUGGCCCCCACCCCCAUCAAAGUUGCCCAUCCCUGGUGUAUACCCAUUCUAAAUGGCCUUGAACUAAAUCAGUGACAAUAGUGUUGUGUGUGUUUUGUCAGGUCUUCCGUGACGUGUGUUGCCAUAGAGAGAUCAUGACUCUGAAAGUGUACUGCAGGAGUGAGAAGAACGGCUGUAAGGAGCAGAUACGUUUACAGCAGGUCAUGGUAAGUGUCUGACUGGGGAAAAUAUAAAGUCUCAUUGUUGCACAGUGCACACCGUCAGUAUUCAAACUCUGAACUGCAGAAGAUCCACCCAUUUUGAAUGACUGUUUAGAAAAGUGUUUAUCUACAAUUCUCCUUGAUGUUAGUCACAUUGGUUGAACAUAGUAAUUCAUAAUAAUAUGUAACAUUUUCUUUACACUCAUGAUUCCUUUUCCUCUUUUUUUUCCCAGGAUCAUUUAAAUGUGUGUCUGUAUUUUGAGGUGCCAUGCCCUUUGGGAAAGUGCAAAGAGAAGAUGAUGCGCAAAGACAUUUCUGAACACUUGAGUAGGAAAUGUAAACACAGGGAGACCACCUGUGAAUUCUGCAUGCAGAAGAUGGCCAUGACUGAAUUACAGGUAACUAGAACCACUACUUGAGUUGGGCCGAUGCUCACCGAACCUGCACCUCCUAUAGAAUAUUGUGUCUUUAAAGGGGCAGUGCAGUUUAAACAUGAGUUUCCUGUUUUUUAAAAUGAUAUUUCCACACUAUGAGAUCGAAAUAAAAUUAUUGAAUAAUGAUAAUGCCCUUUCUGUGCAAGAGCUGUUAAAAGAAAAUACCUGGAAUUUAAGCCCGUUCGGGUGGUAUGGAACUUUUGGCCCACAUCAUGACGUCACAGUGUGAUCUGAUUAUAAUAGAGCUCGCCAGAUUGUAGUCAUAAAACCCGGAAAUUAGUUACCUCUGGUUUGUUCAGCCAUCCCUAUGGGAAAGAUGAAUGGCGAAAUAAUAUAGUUUUGGAAUAAUUGCCGAAAAUGAGGUUUGAGUUUAACACAGGCUUAGGAGAUUUUGUCCUGUCAUUUUCUUUCCUGUACUGUCCUGAUCCCGCAACAGGUCUAUAACCCCAGAACUUUCCUGUCCUUUCCCGAUAAAAAUCACUCCCGUCCAGUCCGUGCUAAUUUUUGUGCACAGAAAUAUAGGCUAUUGGGUUUGUUUAGGAAGUAUUGAAAAUCAUUUCAGUAAUAUGCGACUGUGAUAUGUGGUUGUCUUACCUAUUGUUGGCUUUAGUCACUCUGGAUAAGCAUAUUCUAAAUGAUCUAAAUAUAUAUUGACCAAGGCUGAAGGAUGAGGACAGAGACCCCAGCAGGAUGGUCUGCACAUUACAGCACCGGCAUUUAUUUGUAGCCUACAGCUGAGCUCUGCGCACAUAUGAAAAUGUACAACACAUUAACAUUUACAACAAGAACAUUAAAAAAAGAAUAACCUGAGUGGCAGUACUGCAUAAGUCGAUAUUUUUAUUUCACUUUUCGCACGGGGUUAGUUAAGUAUGCGAACAAUUGGGCUUGACGGUAAAGUGAGGAGAGCAGCUAUGCCGCUUCAGGCCACUUGUCACGCUCUCCAGUUGGUAGCCUAUUUGAUUAAACCGCAGCAUUUUUUACAAGCCAUAUACUACUAGAGCGAGGCGCGAGAGUGAGCCUACAAUAUAUUAGGCUUAGCCUACGCAGUUGUUGUUUUUACGAAAUGCUCCACACAUUACAUAUUUCUGCCCCAAAAUUCCUGUACUGUGCCUACAAAAAGACGCCAUUACUAUUUCUCUCUAUAGACCAAUGACUGUUCAUCUGGGUAAGGUGGUGGGCACUAGACCAUCCUAUCAGCCGAUCAGGGCUGUGUAAAUAUCUUCACAUUUGUUCCCUACAGUGCAGUGGCGCACAUCAGUUAUAUUUCAGGUGUUAACAUCAUUACAUUUUUAUGAAUUUUGGAGUAGAAUGUAUUUUUUAAAAGUCACCAGACGUGACCCACUGUCAUUCUACAAAAAAAAUCCCCCGGGAAGGCAUGCCCUCCGGACACCCCCAGCAAAGAGUACCUACCUUUGCCACCACUGCUGAAAAAAAUCCUAGGGGAAACACUGGUACUGGCAUGUAUUUAAGUCACCUUAAGCACUGACUAUAACAACACUGUUACUUCCUUAAACAAUAUCAUUGAUUUAUGUUGUAGAGCCAGUUCAGUACUUGUGUUCCAUGUUUUUUGUGUGAAUAUUUACUAGGUGUAUUGUCCCUGUAUUUGCUUUCCAUAGUGGCAAUUUCUCUUUACUUGAUAACUUUUUCAGAAACACAAAGAAACAGUUUGUCCUUCAUUUCCGGUGGCCUGCCCCAAUCAUUGUACUUUUCCCUCCAUCUUACGCAGCGAGGUAAGGAGUUUAUUUUAAUGUUCGUAAUAUAAAUUGUAUUCAUGCAAAAGAAGUAUGGUCAUCUUUCCUCUUAUCAUCAGAUGGAUAAACAUAGUUUUAGGUUUUGUGAUACAAUGGUUGCUCAUUUCAUUGAGACCACAUUGUACUGCAAAUGCUUGAUAUAGAAGGAAAUGAUUGAACCUAAAUGUGUGUUUCUACUCUCAGCUGACAAGUCAUCAACAUGAGUGUCCAAAGGCUCAGGUCACCUGCUCCUUUAUCCGCUUUGGAUGCAAUUUCAAGGUAAGUCUUCAUGUUACUAUGACUGUUAAAUGUUUUAUUAAUAAUAAUAAUAUGUUUAAUAUAAGUUGUAAUAACAUGGCUCUCCUACUCCUUUAUCUUGCUAUUGUUGAUAUCAUAAGAAAGUGGUGCUACUGUCCCACUGAACUACAACUCAGCCACAUUUAGCAGCGCAUACAGAAGUUUUAAACUGGUAUGUUACUGAUAUCAUAUUCCCUGUUACUCGUCUGCAGGGUCUCAACCAAGACAUGAGGGACCAUGAAUCUAGCUUUGCCUCUGAACACCUGCGGUUGAUGGCAACCAGGAACACUACACUGGAGGCCAAGGUACUGCAAUGAACUCCAAUUUAUUCUUUAUAACAAUUUGCCCGAACGGGACUCUAACCCGGACGCUUAUAAGAAAUCCCGCUAUGACCUCCGACGAACCAUCAAACAGGCAAAGAGUCAAUACAGGUCUAAGAUUGAAUCAUACUACACUGUCUCUGACGCUCGUCGGAUGUGGCAGGGCUUGAAAACUAUUACAGACUACAAAGGGAAGCACAGCCGCGAGCUGCCCAGUGACACAAGCCUACCAGACGAGCUAAACCACUUCUAUGCUCGCUUCGAGGCAAGCAACACUGAAGCAUGCAUGAGAGCACCAGCUGUUCCGGACGACUAUGUGAUCACGCUCUCCGUAGCCGAUGUGAGUAAGACUUUUAAGCAGGUCAACAUUCACAAGGCCGCAGGGCCAGACGGAUUACCAGGACGUGUACUCCGAGCAUGUGCUGACCAACUGGCAAGUGUCUUCACUGACAUUUUCAACAUGUCCCUGACUGAGUCUGUAAUACCAACAUGUUUCAAGCAGACCACCAUAGUCCCCGUGCCCAAGAACUCUAAGAUAACCUGCCUAAAUGACUACCGACCCGUAGCACUGACGUCUGUAGCCAUGAAGUGCUUUGAAAGACUGGUCAUGGCUCACAUCAACAGCAUAAUCCCAGAAACCCUAGACCCACUCCAAUUUGCAUACCGCCCCAACAGAUCCACAGAUGAUGCAAUCUCUAUCGCACUCCACACUGCCCUUUCCCACCUGGACAAGAGGAACACCUACGUGAGAAUGCUAUUCAUUGACUACAGCUCAGCAUUCAACACCAUAGUGCCCUCUAAGCUCAUCACUAAGCUAAGGAUCCUGGGACUAAACACCUCCCUCUGCAACUGGAUCCUGGACUUCCUGACGGGCCGCCCCCAGGUGGUAAGGGUAGGUAACAACACAUCUGCCACACUGAUCCUCAACACGGGGGCCCCUCAGGGGUGCGUGCUCAGUCCCCUCCUGUACUCUCUGUUCACCCAUGACUGCAUGGCCAGGCACGACUCCAACACCAUCAUUAAGUUUGCCGACGACACAACAGUGGUAGGCCUGAUCACCGACAACGAUGAGACAGCCUAUAGGGAGGAGGUCAGAGAUCUGGCCGUGUGGUGCCAGGACAACAACCUCUCCCUCAACGUGACCAAGACAAAUGAGAUGAUUGUGGACUACAGAAAAAAAAAGAGGACUGAGCACGCCCCCAUUCUCAUCGACUGGGCUGUAGUGGAACAGGUUGAGAGCUUCAAGUUCCUUGGUGUCCACAUCACCAACGAACUAUCAUGGUCCAAACACACCAAGACAGUCGUGAAGAGGGCACGACAAAGCCUAUUCCCCCUCAGGAGACUAAAAAGAUUUGGCAUGGGUCCUCAGAUCCUCAAAAAAUUCUACAGCUGCACCAUCGAGAGCAUCCUGACUGGUUGCAUCACCGCCUGGUAUGGCAACUGCUUGGCCUCUGACCGCAAGGCACUACAGAGGGUAGUGCGUACGGCCCAGUACAUCACUGGGGCAAAGCUCCCUGCCAUCCAGGACCUCUAUACCAGGCGGUGUCAGAGGAAGGCCCUCAAAAUUGUCAAAGACUCCAGCCACCCUAGUCAUAGACUGUUCUCUCUGCUACCGCACGGCAAGCGGUACCGGAGUGCCAUGUCUAGGUCCAAAAGACUUCUCAACAGCUUCUACCCCCAAGCCAUAAGACUCCUGAACAGCUAAUCAUGGCUACCCGGACUAUUUGCACUGCCCCCCCACCCCAUCCUUUUUACGCUGCUGCUACUCUGUUAAGUAUUUAUGCAUAGUCACUUUAACUCUACCCACAUGUACAUAUUACCUCAACUACCUCAAUUAGCCGGUGCCCCCGCACAUUGACUCUGCAACGGUACCCCCCUGUAUAUAUAGCCUCCCUACUGUCACUUUAUUUUACUGUAUAUAUAGCCUCCCUACUGUCACUUUAUUUUACUUCUGCUCUUUUUUUCUCAACACUUUUUUUGUUGUUGUUUUAUUCUUACUUUUUUUGUUUAAAAUAAAUGCACUGUUGGUUACCAUUAGAUGGAAACUUUGUACCAUAAAAAUUGUUUUAUUUUAAUUUGCCCUGUGUACCAUUAGAGGAAACUUUUUAUAAAAUCGACAUCAUGGAAGUGUUCAUUCACACAUUUUUGUAUGUGCCUUUAUAUGUAACACACUGUACCUGAAAAAAAUUAAUUGGGAGAAUUGAAACUAAAUCAACCACAUCUAACUUGAUAACAACAACUAACCCUAGGGCUGAAUGGUUACUGUAGUUUAGGGUAAUGAAAGCAGUAAUAAUAACAACAGAUAUUGUUUAUCACCCGUCUAGGUGGAGGAUGUAAAAGGAGAGCUUCUGGAGCGGUACAAGGUUCUGCCAGGCCUGAGCAGCCGUCUGUCUGAAACAUUGUCUCAGUACGAGGAGAUGAGGGAGAAGAACAGACAGCUGGACCAGAAGCUCAAUACCAUGCAG